AUGGUUCUCAUGAACUCUUCCGUAGGUCUGCGCGAGUCACUCAAAAGGAGGUUUUCCACAAAACUCUCUUACAUGUUAUUUGAUGUAGUGCUCCGACAUAUGAUACGAGGAAUAAACAUUUGUCUAUUUCAACGUUUAGUCGGUGAGAAUGGAUCACAACCCAUGAAUUCCCAUGUGAAGCAUCUUUUAGAAGAACAAACUUAA